AUGGAACAGAUGUCCGUUGAAGCGUCGAUCUUUACAAUCAACCGAAUCGAGAUCAACAGGAGAUCCAUUGACUGCAAGUUUUUCAAUGUCUUCUCAUUUUCUGUACCCGAAUCAGCAAAGAGUGGGACGAUUGUCGGAGAGAUAAACGAUUUGGAUAAAUAUUUAAUGACCGAUGAUGAAAAAAAACGAAGAACCCCUUGCAAUCCCGUUAAUGCUUACAAAUGGAGGGAAGAAGCCGAAGUGGAAAGUGCUGAUGGGACUGACGAGAAUGGGAUGGAGGAU